AACACCAGUGUUAGAUGUAAAAUACUAGCAUUAGUUACUGAUCAGUACUGUUCUAUUUUUGUGUGUGAGAGAGAUUAUAUUACUGACCUUUUUUAUUUGCAGCUUUUUAUUUAUGAUUUUACUUUAGAAAAUUCAAAGUAACUAUUGGUUUAAGUAAGAUUUGGACAAGGGACACAGUUUUUACCUAGAGAACAGUAUGCUACAUCUGUGAAAUGUAAACUCGUUAAUAAACUAAACUUGUUGGGUUAUCGGGACUGGGUUCUCAAGAGAAAAGUACAAUGUCCAUAGUUUAAAGUACAUGCAUUGAUUCGCAGAACAAUUUUAAAAUGUGCUUCGAUAACAUUGGGUUUGUGUAGUGCUCAUAAUUACGACAGCACGUGAACGCAGCCUGUCCACGGCUGCAGGCAGUCGGUCAUUUGUCCGCAGACGCAGGUGGUUUGAGCUCAGACUAGAAUCCAGACGCGGGUGUCACGGGCGCAGCCUCCGCGGGGAAACGUGGACAUUUACUUUUAAAGGAUUCACAGCGGGACUUUGGGAGUGGCGCAAACUUACACUGGCCUCAUUAGUUCUUUAGUUGAGAGCAGAGGAAGGAUGUGGGGGACGGCUCGGCUCGUCACAGAGCUCCUCGUUGUUUUCAACUUCCAGAUGAGUUUCACGAAGAUGAAGUCCGUUCAUGGACUCGAUCUCACCAACACACGUGAGGGGAGGACGAAUCCAAACGCAGCAAAUGAGCAGCCACAGGACAAGAGGUGGGCGUCCAGGCCCACAGAGGGGCUCCCGCACCAGACUCCAGGUAUUAGAGGACGUUACAGAGGUCAGCACCUUCCACAGGACGCGGCUCCAGACCUGCUGAUGAAGAAACACAACAACCCCACACAGAUUGUGGACGUCGGCCACGCCUACUACACGUCGAAGAUCCACGGCCCCGGAGACGGCGCCGCCCGAGAGCUGUGGGUGGACCCGGACCAGUGGGAGGCCCACGGGGUUCUGUCCGGCGCCCACAGACGGGCCGAGAGGCUGAACCUCUCCUUCGACUUUCCCUUCUACGGUCACGUUUUGAAGGAAAUCACAGUCACAACUGGGGGUUUCCUCUACACAGGUGAUGUCAUGCACCGCAUGCUCACAGCCACUCAGUACAUCGCUCCUCUGAUGGCCAACUUUGACCCAAGUCUGUCCAGGAACUCCACUGUGUUCUACUGGGACAACGGAACUGCACUGGUGGUCCAGUGGGACCGGGUUCACCUGCAGGACAGCGUGGGUCUGGGAGCCUUCACCUUCCAGGCCGUUCUGCACAGCAGCGGACACAUCGUCUUUGCCUACAAACAGCGCAUCCUUGCAGCUUUGUCCUCUCAGAUCCCCGUUGCCGUUGACGACAUCCGCUCUGAGAAUCAUCCCGUGAAGGUCGGCUUGUCGGAUGCGUUUGUGGUGCUUCACGCGAUAGAGCAGAUCCCCAACGUUCGGAGGACAACCAUCUACGAGUAUCAUAAAGUCGACAUCCUCAAGUCCAGAAUCUCCAGCUCUACAGCCGUGGAGCUGCUGCCUCUCCCCACUUGUCUCCAGUUCUCCAGCUGUGGCCCAUGUGUCUCCUCUCAGAUUGGCUUUAACUGCAGCUGGUGCAGUCGACUGCAAAGAUGCUCCAGUGGGUUCGAUCGGUACCGUCAGGACUGGGUCGACCACGGCUGCCCGGAGGAGAGGCGGGACCAUCGGUGUCUCCUGGGGAAAGACCUCACCAGCCCGGCUCCAGUGACCUCAGUGCCGCAGAGGAGCCCCAGCGUGACCUCGGCCCCCGUCAGGAACGCGCCCAGCCCCACCAGCGCCUCGGGCCAACGCGGCACGGACGGAACCGUACCCGGUCCUGCUGCCGGCAGCAAACCUGCAGCCGAGGCGCAGAGCGAUGAGCGGCUGCAGCUCGGGCUCCUGGUCGGCGUCGUCGUGACGCUCGCCGCUCUGGCAGCGGCCGUCCUCCUGUCGCUCUACAUGUACACUCACCCCACGUCCAGCGCCAGCCUCUUCUGCAUGGAGCGUCGUCCGACCCACUGGCCCAUCAUGAAGUUCCGACGGGGGUCCGGUUGCCCUUCCUACGCUGAGGUGGAGGCUCCGGGUCAGGACAAGGACGCCGCGCCGGUCAUCGACCCCGAACAGUCGUUCAUCAUGUCCAGCAGACGCGAGAGCGAGCAGAAGGAAGGAUUCAUUAUUCCGGAUCAGAGGGAGCGCUUCCUGGGCCCAGAGAGCUGCUGACUGGAACUACAUAUCCCAGAAGGCUUUGAGGACACAGCUGAGUCCAUGUGAGUCUCUCCUACACAUGAUGAACUUGAAGCUCCAGGCUUUGCCCCGGUGCAUUACCAGCCUGUGUUUUAGCUGUUAUAUCCUGAGAGGAACACACGAGCGCGGUGUCGUAACCGCUGAAGGCCUGUCUGGAGACGGCUGCUGUUUACCAGCGCCGUUCCCACACCUCCUUCACAGGGAGGAAUGUGACGUGGAGGUGUCACUUCCUCGUCUCGGACGCGCAGGCUGCAUUCCUCACCGCUACGCCCACCUCCACCUGAGGGUCCGCGCGGGUGGACGUCUGCUGUGUGUCAGCACUGUUUAUUUUCACGGUUCAAAGGCAGAAAACAUAUUAACAGUAACAUCCACAACCAUUUAAAGUGUUUCAGGGUUAAUCAGUAAUGAUUUUAGUUCACCAAUGUUUCCAUUUUAUCUUCUGUAAAUCUCCGAGCAGACAAAAUAAAUGAUAACUGUCAUUCUACA